AUGGCCGAAGCAGCGCAGACACCACUUGGGCACGAGAUGCUUCAACAUUUCCUUUUGGACGAAAAUUUCGUAAAUCUGAACCAUGGUUCAUUCGGCAGCACAGUCAAGCCUGUCCGGGAUGCGAUGCGCCGGUUCCAGGACGCCUCGGAGGCAGCGCCGGAUCGCUACAUACGAUACGAGUAUCCGGAUCUCCUCGACAAGUCCCGCGCAGCAGCAGCGACCUAUCUCGGCGUCCCGAUGGAUGAGCUCGUCAUUGUUCCCAACGUCUCGACAGCAAUAAACGCCAUCCUCCGGAAUCUGAAAUUCGAGGAAGGUGACGUGAUCGUCUACCUCGACAUUGGAUACCGUUCCAACGUGAACACAAUCGAAUACAUCGUCGAAACGACGCCGGCAGAUUCGGCCAGGGUCGACUUCACCCUGCCUUGCUCAGACAAGGAAAUCCUCGACGCCUUCCGCGACGCCAUCCUCGCCCAGCGCGGCCGCGCCAAACUCGUCAUAUUCGACACCAUCGCUAGCCUCCCCAGCGUGCGCCUCCCCUUCGAAGAAAUGACAUCCAUCGCGCGUGAGAACGGCGUCAUGACCCUCGUCGACGCGGCCCACGGGAUCGGCCACCUGCCCAUAGACAUCAAGGCCCUGGACCCGGACUUCCUCACCUCCAACUGCCACAAGUGGCUGUACACGCCGCGCGGCAGUGCGUUCCUCUACGUGCCCCUGCGCAACCAGCCGCUGAUGCGCUCGUCCCUGCCGACGUCGCAGGCCUUCGAGCCGCUCCCGCGGCCGGGCGUCGUGCGCGCGCCGAACCCGCUGCCACCGUCUGACAAGAGCAAUUUCGUGCAGCAGUUCGAGUUCGUGGGCACCGUGGACAACGCGUCUCUCCUGUGUAUCCCGGCGGCACUCGAGUUCCGCCGCACGGUCUGCGGUGGUGAGGACGCCACCAUGAGCUACUGCUGGGAAUUGGCGAGGAGAGGCGGGGUCGCCGCCGCUAAGGUCCUCGGUACCGAGGUUAUGGACAAUGACGAGGGAACCCUGACGAGGCAGUCUUCUAUGGUAAUGGUGAGGCUGCCUAUUGAGAUACGCAAUGUUGAGAAGGGGACAGCAGGUGUGCCUAUGGAGCAGGCGCCACGGGUUCAGGCUUGGAUCUGCGAGACUCUUGUAAAGAAAUACAGCACUUUUAUAGCCGUUAUAUGGUAUAAAGGACGGUGGUGGGCUAGGUUUUCGGCACAGAUAUAUCUGGAGGAGAGCGAUUUUGUCUGGGGAGCGAACGUUCUCAAGGAGGUGUGCGAGACAGUCAUGUCCCGAGGCAUCGUGGGGACCAGCUAG